UAUUAACUUAAUGGAUAACAAAUAAAAAUAUACCUUAAAAUUAAUUAAGUACUUAACAGAUGUCACGAUUCAUAGAGUAUACUUGAACUAUUUACGUCCCGAACCAAAAAGGUUGACCUCGUUCGACACCCAGGACCUUAAUAAAAAGGAACCGCCUUUAAGAGAAACAUCCAGAAGUAUCCCGAUCAUGUUCCGAUACAUAUCCUCAUUUACAUUCGCCCUUUUUAUUAUUUUUCUGAUAAUUAUUACUCAAAUCUCGUCAAAAUCAGUUCCCGCUUCAAUCCCCACCGAAAUUCAACACGCCGUUUGCAAGAUUACCACCGAAAAAGUUCAAGCUGUUGCAAACGCAUCAAUUUCAAGAGAAUUAAAGGGUGUUUGUAGUUCGAAAGAGAUGCAUGAAAAAAUUGAUGAGAUACAUAAAAGUUUAUUUAAGGAAAUUCAAGUUUUGAAAUUAAUGUUGCAAGGGAAUGGAUUUACAACUCCAAAACCGACGUUUUCUAGUUUAAGUUUAAAAAGUUUCGACGACGAUUAUGAUUAUUUAAAUUAUUUAGAAGACGAUUUUAAAAAUUAUACGAACCUAGAAAUAAAAAAUAGAGAAAACGAAGUGCGAAAAUUUAACGAAACAAUUAUAAAAACUGAUUUGGGAAAGGCGUUCGUGUAUUAUUGGAGGAUUUUGAACGUUUCUCAAUCGUUUAAAAACGACGUGUAUUUUAUUAGUCCUCAAAUUAAUUUUUUAAACGCUAAUUUAUUCAUAAAGUGUUCAAUAAAUUUGUUUGUUAAAUUUCAACUUUUAGAGACAGCCCAAUUUAAAAAUCGUUAUCGAUUCGUUCUUCUUCACUCCGAUGAAAAACACGAUUUUAAUUCUUCACUGUUUCAAUCGAAAGUGGGGAAAAUAUUUCGAAUUGAGCGUAAAAAGUUAUUUGAUUUUGUUUUUAAUGAUGCUAUUUUAAUCAAGUUGAUUGUUUAUUUGAAUUAGAUGUCGUAAGAAUCUUUUAAACCUAAAUUAGUUUAAAAAAAAUUCAGGUAGAGAAAAAGAAUAAGUUAGGUAGAUAUUUUAGUCCUUUUAAAGUUUCUAGAAGGUCGAAACUGACCGAUAACUGUAAAACUUUCACUCAUCGUAUACUU